AUGGUUAGAGUGAAGCUCCCAACUCAACGCUUUGCUGGCAGAGCGGAGUCGGCAGCUAGACACGACUCUCAGGAAAGCGAGGACACUGAUUAUACUCCGCGUUCGACCUCCCAGCCUAGUAGCGAUGACUAUGCGAUCCCUCGUGCUGAGUUUAGAGAUCGCUUUGACGCUGACAUGGCACUACCGACCGUUGAAGGGUCUUUCUCUGGCGACGGAGCUUAUAACAUAUCGACGCCUUCAACACCCAGUACUCGAGCUCCGUCACUGCCCCUCACACCGUCUCGUUCGGCUUCCAGCAAUGUAUCUACCCCAGCGACGAUUGAUCGAGAUGAUGAUGAUGUCAAUCAUCUCGGUAGCCGUCUUCGAGGAAUGCGCUUCUCUACUGCUAGGUCACAGAUGAAUAUGGCUCCUAUGUCUAGUGCACUUCAAGAUGUGGCGGCAGGAUUAGACAAUCGUUCCAGCCCUUUACUUGAUCCACUACGUUCUAGUUCGUUCCCUCCAUCACCUCUGAGAACCCAACGCAGACGAUCGAGAUCGCGUUCCAAUGUCGGAAAGCAUAACGUCAAUGAUGAGGUUCCGCCCAACGACCGGUUCAACAACCCAGGUUUUCAGAAAAGAUAUCAAGACACGAAGGAGUCUGUGACCAAACUGGUAAGCGUACUAUCAAGCAGUGCGGUACACAACGAGCCAGAUUCUGUGAUGGAGCGCCUUUGCAACCAAGCAAAGGACCUAUCACAGUUCGAAUGUCCAUCAAGACGAACUGUCGGGUUUGUUGGAGACUCAGGUGCUGGCAAAAGUACUUUGUUGAACUCGCUCCUGGAUUGUCACGACCUGGCUAGAUCUAGCAACGGCGGGAGUGCCUGCACCUGUGUCGUUACAGAGUUUCAUUUCCAUCAUGACAAGAAAUUUGCCAUAGAAGUUGAGACGUUCUCCGACGCCGAGCUGAUGCCUCAAUUGAGAAAUCUUCUUGAAGACUACCGACACUAUCACUUGAAUAGAGAUUCAUUUGAGCCACAUGAGCUCGUAGAGUUGGAGAAAAGAGCUGACAUUGCUCGUGACACCUUCCAAGCCAUGUUCCCCGGGGUAUUUAUCGAUAAAAGCUCAUUCAUUCGGGACACGGAACAGGGCUCUCUAUCAACGCUCACUUUGUGGGUACAGAGAUUUGACCGAUCUAUGAUUCCCAAGAGGCAAUCAGGGCUUGGACUCGAAGAGUGCUCUUCUUUGUUAAUGCAGCUCUCUUCAGACGUGCCGUCGAACGAAACAUCUCUCUGGCCGUGGAUUAAGAAGAUCAUGGUUUACUCAGAUGCUCAUAUCCUAAGCAAGGGACUGAUUCUUGUCGACCUCCCAGGUCUUCGCGACCUGAACACGGCACGCAGGAACAUCACAGAACGUUAUCUUCUUAAAUGUGAUGAGAUAUUCGUUGUAGCCGCCGAGGGGCGGGCAACAACAGAUGAGGGAGUCAAAAGCGUCAUUGAACUCGCGAAAAAAGCUAAGCUCUCGGAUGUUAGUAUCAUUUGUACUAGGUCCGAUGAAAUUAACCCUACAGAAGCCCUAAAGGACUGGAAAGGGACGAGGCCUGGAAAGGAAGUUCAGGAGAUGCUCGACGUUAUCAAGCGAGAAAAGUCGAUCAAUAAGAACCUAAGCGAUGAAAUAAAUUCUUUUGACGAAUUUAUUGACGAUAUUAAUGCCGAGGAGGCCGAGGAACUCAGUCGGCUUGAAAGGGCUAAACGGUCAAGCGACGCGAAAUUGCGCAGUGCUGAAUUCGAUCUCCAAAGGUUUCUUAUUACGACUCGCAACAAGGCCGUCGAAAAGAAACUUACUGGGCAAUACAAACACGAAGUCCCCGGUAACAGGCUCAAGGUGUUCUGUGCCAGCAAUUCGAUUUAUUGGGAUUGGCGGCAAGAAAACCGAGACCAAGCUAUGCCUCAUCUCGAACUCAGCGGAGUGCUGGCAAUCCGCCUGCAUUGCAUGGCCAUGGUGUCGGAGAGUCAGUACGCUGCCUCUAUCAAGUAUAUGAGAGAUGACAUCGGAGUACUAUUAGGGGAGCUGAACCUCUGGGUACAAUCAGGACAGGGAUCGUUGAGCGCAGAGAGGAAGGAGAAAGUUCGAAGUACUCUAGGCACCCUAGAGAGGAAACUGUACCUGGAGCUGUGUGGUCGUUCGUCUAAGCUCAAUAUAGCAAAUUCAUACAAGCAAGAAUUUGACACAAAGCUAUAUCGGUUGCAAGGGGAUCGUGUGAACGGAUGGAGUGUGACCGCGAAGCAUGCGAGCAAUGAUUGGACCGGUUGGCACCAUGCCUCGUACGCCGCAUUCUGUCGUAAUUUUGGCACACACCACACAGCCAAAGUCGGGUCGCGAAACUGGAAUGAGGAGAUCAUAGAGCAGAUGGUGGUUGAUUUGAGUGCCCCUUGGGAACAGCUACAAUUCAACUUGGAUAUAAAACGCGAUGAUAUCACGGAGUUUAUUGGUGACAUCUUUGAGGAGGCAGACACAUUCUUGGAUGCUGAGUUGAAUGACUCCCCUGAGACGGCAAAUUCUAUCUCAUCUACACUUGGGGCACUACAACGCGUUUUAGCGGCAGAUGUUGAGAAUAAUUUGGAUGACCUCCAAGUCAAUUUGCGUACCCUUCGAGCAGAUGCCUUGUCUGGCAUUCGUACAUCAUUUAUCGGGAAGGCCAUGGAAAACGCAUACAAUAAUGCAAGACUAGAGAGUGGCGGAGGCAGCGAUGCUCGACGGAAGGCUAUCAUUAACUCCGCUGUCAGACGUCAUGGCCUUUUUACCGAUUUAUUGAAAAGUUUCAAGAGAGACUUUGAUGAGUACGUGAACGAUUCGCAAGUUCAGAUUCAGGAAAUUGCCAGCUCUCAUUUUGAUGCCAUUCGAGACGCCUUUAACAUUGUCCGAAACGAUAAUGCAGCCUUGGAAUGCGAAAUGGACCCCGAGUUUCGUCGGCGAGUUGAGGCACAACUAAGAACUACUAGGGAGGAGAUGAGGGUCAUUACGAUGCCGUUUUGUUCGAAUUAAGAUCUGACGUGUUCACCAAACUGAAAGAGGAUGAUUUCGGCGUUAUUUGUAAGAUAUCUAAGUAACACAGAGAAUUUGAAUGCAGAGUCAACUCCUUACCUCCCUACCUAAUAAAGAUAUUCCCCUGCUUUUGACCCCACGUAGACUUCAACGAUCGCGUCUCAAUCUGUACGUGCCACAAUUGCGACCGUGUCCCGUCAUGUUUAAGGUACUUAUAAGGCACCGUGACCGUACGUAGGUAGUCAUAUCAAGCUUGUUCAAGUCGACAUUGUCUAACGUCGCGCGGCAGCGAAUCAACACGUGGUGUCUUAGGCAUCUCGUAAAGUUGUACGAUAGAGUGACUUUGACUUGGGAGCCUCAGUGAAGAGGAGCUAACAGUGUAACAAC